CCCUCCUUCAGACCGACACUCCGGUGAUGCACGCGCACUGCUCACCGGCACCGGCUGCAGGCGUGCCGUCCAGGACCCGGACUGAAGCCUUUCCUCAGCGUUUCUCAGCGUUUGACAAACUCGGACCUCGACAUGUUUGAGACCCUCCAGGCUGUGUGAGAGUGAGGAUGCUGACAGACAUGAUCGUGGAGGAAGAAUUUGAGAUUAAGGAGGAGGAACCGUGGUACGACAAGCAAGACCUUGAACAUGGUACAGUUUCCUCUCCUCAGUCUUUGUCUCUUAAGCCCUGAAGAUAAAGAAGUGUGUCGAUCUGAGCAGGCCUACAGAAGAAGAGCAGAAACAUUACAGCUGUAAAACAAGGAAAUCUCCAUAAUUAAACAUGCAUAACGUCUCAAAGACAUAAUUUAUCCUUGUAGGUUAAUUUUGUACAAAUUAAUGAUUUUCUGUCCUUUUGCUUUUGCUGUUUUAAGUCUGUUGUUUUUAUAAAAUGUAAAUUAAAGAGCUUUAUCUGAGUAAAUUUAGCAGAUUUAGUGUGUACUAGAAAAGGCAGGGUCAGCAGGACACUGCUGCAAUGUGAAAAAACAGAAGAGGUCUGUGUGCAAAGAGAGGGGAGACUUCAUUUGUGCAAUUUUCACACUGAUACACCAAAUCUUACUUCUUUGUUGUUCAAUGUUCAGCUCUAAUUUUCAUCUUUUGUCUUAUUUUAACUCUAAAAUUGUCAAUUUUACCUUCUACUGAGAGCCUAAGCUAUCAAAGGAAGGGCAAAUGAUAGAUUUAGUUAAAUUCAUAGGUGCAUCAAACAUUACCAUCACCUGUGUCUAGUCAAAGCAGUGGCGGUCUUACCAUUACGUGACACAAGGCAGUUACGUAGGGCCCCGUGUUUCUGGGGGGCCCCUGAAACUUAUCAUACACUUAUGAUUAAUUGAGGUUUUACUUAUUUGCGCACAUUAUUUAUGUUUUUGAUUAAAAUCCAUUCGCUAAAAUGCCUUAACAUCAGUCACCGCUACAUUGGAUGAGUCCAUCUUACUGCGCCGGUGCAGAAAGGAUUCAGGAAGACGGCAGCAAAACGUACAAAAACAAACUGCUUUAAUCUGCAUACUCAUUUCCUGAUGUUGAAGGUUGAGAUAAUUUUAAACACAUUUAUGUACUGUUGGGGGGUUUAAGCAACUGUUGUAUUUUUGUAGCAUCACUAUCUCACAUCACAUUCUCUCCUGUCAGAUUUAGAGACUUAGGCUACGUUCACACUGCAGGUUAUGAUGCACAAUUUGGAUUUUUUUGUUAAAACCGAUCUUUUUGUGCGGUCGUUCACAUUACAACAACAAAUGCAGCUGUGAAGUGACCCGCAUGCGCACAAAUUGCUUUCCGCGCCUGUUUGUGUUGUCGAACAACGGUGACGUUUCUCGCAAAUUGAUGGCGUAUAGGUCGGAUGAACGCGACCUAAGCGUCCACACUGCAGUCACAUCGGCGACAUAUCCGAUUUAUAUCCACAUACAAAAGAGGCCUGGGUUGGAUUUGAAAAAAAACAGAAUUGCACUGUUCACACUUACAUGAAAAAAUCAGGUAUGUGGCACAUAUGGUUAAAAAAUCGGAAUUGACCUGCAGUGUGAACGUAGCCUUAAAGACAGCUCAGUUAUUUUUCAUAAUAGAUUUUUUUUAGUUUCCCUGGAAAAAAUUGGGCAAAUAAAUAACACUAAAAAACAAAAUGAAAAACAAACAUCAGCUAUCAGUUAAAUUGUUGUUCCAAACAUCGGUAUCAACCCAGAAUUUCACAAUCGGUGAAUCCCUAGAGUAAAGGAUGCAGAGGGCCCAUGCCUGCUUUUGCCUCGGGCCCCCAAAUUCCUAAGUCCGCCCUUUAGUGAAAGCCUUUAAUAUCCUGGGUAGAGACGAGUUAAUCCUGUUUUUAUCUGACUCAGUUAAAUUCAUAGGUGCAUCAAACAUAACCAUCACCUGUGUCUGGUAAAAGCCUUUAAUAUCCAGGGUAGAGACGAGUUAAUCCUGUGGCGCAAUUUUCAAAAAUUGAGUUCCUGGAUUUCUGCCAACCUUGCACAGCAGCUUUUUGUGCUUCCUCAGUCCAGACUAAAGUAAGAGUAAAACAUUCAUGGAUCCUUCUCUCUGUCUGUCCUGCAGACCUGCAGCUGGCCGCCGAGCUGGGGAAGACGCUCCUGGAGCGAAACAGGGAGCUGGAACAAGGGCUGCAGCAGAUGUACUCCACAAACCAGGAGCAACUGCAGGAGAUCGAGGUAAAGAGGCAGAGAUUUUAACAGUUUAUUUCUCCUGCUUGGAUUUGCAUCAGUUUCAAAAACGUACCUGCGUAUAAUAACGUGGAUGGCCCCUGACAAAGCUGUCGAGCUUUGAGUGCAGUACCUUCUUUGUUCACGGCGCGCUGGUUUCCCCCUGACGUGCAGCAGCCUGAAGUUGCAUCAUCACAUCAUUGUCGUACAUCACAAAGACCUCACACAAGCCCACAUGGAAAACACAACAUGUUAACAGUGGGCACAUUUUACACAAUGAUGUGGGGGCACACACCCCUCACAAAACCCACCAUUACACCCCCUUACUCUAAUAGUUCCUGUUUACUGGAUUACAGAGGAAGCUGAUAAACAGAGGAGGGAUUUUAAAGGGUUUUUUGCCCUAAUUUUUACCUCUCAGGCAACAUGUGCGCUGAACCUCCUUGGACCUUCUGUAAACUAACCUAAAAAAAUAGCUUCCACUUUAUGUAGAUUUGACCAAGAAUGGGGAAAAAAUGUUUAUUUUUAGUGGUUUGUUGUCAACUGAAGUAGAUGGCCUUAUCCUUUUCAUUUAUCCUUUUAUAUAUUUUCACUUUAUUUGAUUGCGCAAAUUACACCAAAAUUUUCUCCAAACACAACCUGCAGUCAGCACCCAGGGCAGCACUGUAAGCUGAAUCAGAAUCAGGAUUUGGUUUUACACAUAUACGGGAUAUUUCACAGUGUGUUUGUGCAAAAACAGUGAGUACAAAUGUACAAUAGAAAUAAUAAUAAAUAAAACAAUACAUUUUAUUUGUAGUGCCCUUUACAUCAAGUCUUGAAAGCAAAGACAUUUUACAGUAAAGGAAUAUAAAAACAGGUUAUUGGUUAAAAAAAAAAAAACAAGAGAAACAUCUCAUUAAAAGAGUAAAAUCAAAAUAAGCAAUUUUUCUUUUCUUUUAAGAAUCUAUGAGGAGGGACCAAAAGUUCUGCUAAAAAGGAAAGUUUCUAUAUUUGUUUUAUGAGUGUUUUAAUCUAUAGACGGCUAAAUGCAUGAAUGGUACUCCAUAAAUAAACUUCUUUGCAUUACUUUAACAGUAAAAAGGUAUCAUAGCUGCACCACGACUGUCAAGGAACCAAAGAUAAAAUCAUUCAAAACAAUAUUAACAGACCAUGUAAAAAUAGGUACAAAAAUCCUGAAGGAAGUUGUGCAGGAAGGUGCAAGAUGACAGAGAGUGCAAAAGCUAACAGUGCAGAUAUAAAGAAGACAGUGUGCGUUAAAAUCACUAGAGGGGAAGAAACUGUUGUUGUUGUUGUGUGAGGUUUUGGUCCUGAUGGACCGCAGCCUCUUGCCUGAGGCGAGGAUCUCGAAGAGUCCGUAUCCAGGGCGACCGCACGCCUCAGGCUCCUGGAGGUUUACAGGUCAAAAGAAAUAUCCUCGACUUGUUUAUAUUUGCUCACAAAUCUCUCAAUAAAAGCUCCAACAAAAUGUAUUCAGCUUUUGGAGCAGAAAGAGAAAUUUGUGCGUCUUUGUAGUGCAGCAGCAUAACUAAGAAAAGCACAACUGUUGACUUAUUUGUGGUUUUGCAUCAUCUAGAUACUUCAUUGUUUAUGCAAGAAGAAAUGAGACGUUUAUUUAUACAAAUGCAUCGAUAUAUUUGUAUAUAGCCUAUAUUUCUAUUUCUAGACUGUACUUGUUGUUCCUCCUGGUGCUCUAUUCUUGUCCUCCAGUCUCCUUUUGUUAAUCUUUUCAUUAUUUCAAGGCUUUAGAUCAGACUAGACUUACUGAAAUUCAAUAUUUAGCUUCAGGUUCUGCUGGUUUCCCACAUUUAAGGCCUGCUUUAAUUUCCUUGAGUAGGCCCAGCACUAAAUCCUGUCCUCCCUUUCAGCGCUGACACACUGAAUUAAUCUCUUAAGACCUCUGCUGUGUUCUCGCUAACGUCACAGGUCUCAGUCCAGCUCCUGACCUGUGCUGCAGUUAAUUACCUGCUUCACUGUCGCUCUUUAGUCGAGCAGACGUCCACGAACAAAGCAGGAAAAUAACUCUUUAAAGAUGACCCCUGUUUAACCGCGGUUUAUACUGCAUAUGUGGACGUUCUCCACUGACUCUCUGCUGUGGUUUCCCGGUGUACAUGUGAAUUAACGUCUCUGUGAAGUUGACGUUCAGUGUUUUUCUGUCAGUAGAUUAGAUGACCCGAGGUUCAAAGUGUCCUCCUGACUGCGCUGGCUGAUAAGAUAACCUGUUCUUGGAGAAACUGUCACUCAAAGAUAAUAGAGAUAUUCAUGUGUCACUGCAAAAACAAACAUUAGAUUGCAUAAUUGAACUCAGUUAAUGUUGUUAAAGCAGUAAAAAACAAAAAUGACAGGGUUUGACACCUUCAUGCCCACACAUUUACUCUUGUCGUCAUUGAAAAUUACUUAUUCAUGAUAUUGGUUCGUGUCUACUGUGAACAUAUUUCAAGGUUUGUUGUUUGUUGUGCUUUCUUAUUUACCGAUUUGCUCCUAAACUUUGACUCUUGUGAAUUAUCAUGGAUGCACAACAUUAUCAGUACCUGCAGAUUAUGCUUAAAUAAUUAACUUUUAGUAACGGCAUGAUCAUUUCUGUGUGCGUAAUUAAAGCUCAGCCAUUACGAAGUAUUUUGAGGUGCGGUAAACAGACAGUGAAAUCCCCGUUUGCAGUGCUCACUCUAGAAGGACGGAUUGAUUAAUGAAGCCAAUCACAGGUGAAUCAGCUGAAACCUGGGUUGAUUGAGCCGAUUAGAAAAAUAAAGAACAAACUCAUGGAUGUUGCUGAUGUGGAUUUAUGGAAAAAUUGAGUUUAUAAUUGUCUCUGCCACUUUUAAAAGCUGAAAGUUCAUGAUUUUUGAAGCUUGUUCCUUUUGAGUUACUGAUCAAUUUAAAGGGAUAUUCCGGCGUAAAAUUAAUGUCGAGAGAUGAAUGUUGCCGACCGCUUGCUUCUCUGGUUAUUCCAACUUCAGUAACGACCGCACGAUAGCAAAACACAGUGGUCUGAGGAGCCAUAAAUAUAUCCACAAAUACUGCUCAGAACAGCAGUAAUUGUGGUCAAAAAUGUUCUUCCUUGAGCUGCGACACCCCGCUAUAGUCUGUAGUGGACCGGCCUGAGGUCUUGCUACAAACAAGCGGCUGCUGGAAGAGAGUAGGUGAGUUGUAUUUAGUCUCUUUGCUAAAGAAAUUAGGCAAAGUUAAAAAGAUGUUUGAGGGCUAGUGCUGUGGCUGGGACCCUAUAUGUAUUUUGAUUGAGGUUUGUUUAUGGCUCCUCAGACCGCUGUGUAUUGCUAUUGUGCGGUCGUUUCUAAAGUUGGUAAAACUAGAGAAGCAAGCGGUCGGCAACAUUCAUCUCUCGAGGGGGAGUCUAAAUCGGUGUUGCGGUGUUAGAUUUUUAAACUUUCCUCUUCUUCUUCUUCUUCAGUACCUGACCAAGCAGGUGGACCUCCUCAGACAGGUCAACGACCAGCAUGCCAAAGUGUACGAGCAGCUGGACAUGUCGGCGCGGGAUCUGGAGCAGAACAACCACAAACUGGUCCUGGACAACAGAGCGGCCCAGCAGAGGAUCCAGGGGUGAGCAAAGAGAGGGAUUAUGGGAAGAUAACUCUCUCUCUUUUUGUUGACGGGUAACCUAACAGAGAGCGUGUUUCCUCUGUUUGCAGGCUGACGGAGACUGUGGAGCUGCUGCAGACGCAGGUGGAGGAGCUGCAGCAUCAGGUGGAGCUGCUGAAACUGAGUCCUGCACAGCCUCAGAAACGUCCGCGCGGGGACAAGUGGUCCCCUCGCAGCAGCCAGAGUGUGUCCUGUCUGACGGAGCUGCAAAACGCACUCAGGUGAGGAGGCCGAGAGAGCUUCAGCCGUAUCAGAGAUUAGAUUUGAGAUUUUACUGAUUAUUAAACAGUCUGAAUUUAAUAGAAAGGUUAUUUUUGAUGACUGUGUCUGAAGAAGUAAUUUACAGCAUGCAGAGGUAUUGAGGAGCACACUAGAGAUAGAGAAACAAUGAAUAUAUUUUCAUGAAACCAUCAAAACUGAGUGUAAAUAAAAAAAGAAAAAGCGGCAGGAAAAUACUUAAUAUUUUUAGUUUUAGAUGUGAAGAUUUGCUGUUUUUUUUGUUUGUUUGUUUGAAUUCAAUGUUUUUGGUUUUUGGACAGUUAAUUGGCUUCACUUUGAGCUUAUAUAACUUGCGACAGACAUUUUUGACUUUAUCUUUUAUUUUUUUAUGGUCCAGAUUAAUGAUUGAAAAAGUAUUUUUCAGGUGUGGCUUUACACUCUUCAAAGUAAAGUCUGUUUACCACGAGAGGAUGUGUUGCAGAAAGAGUUUCAGGAAAUUGCAAAAGAAACUCUGCCGACAAACUUCUUGGGUGUUGAGUCAGUUUUUCUGUCACUUGCUAAGAAGCAGCUUUGAGGAAGAUCGAUGACUUUUACGUCUUUUAGAGACUUUUAAGUGCAGUAUCGUAAGCUUUCCAGCUGUUCGGAGAUUGAAAUACACAAAAUAUGACUAAAACUUUUAAGUCUAAACCAUUAAAGGCACUUUAAAGAGUUUUUACCUACUUUUUUAAAAGAAUAAUCGCACCUUUGGAUAUUUCACAUGUACAAGACGAGCGAUAAAAGGUAAAACUGUCCAGAGGGGGCGCCAAAAGCAACACAAAUCAAAAGUUCCCCACAUCACCUUUUGGCACCGAGAGCACAAAAAAACUAAAUUGACAACAACAACCAUACGAGACAACCCCUAAUAAACAUGCCUGGGAGUGCACUGCCGGUUCUGUCCAAAGGGGCCGCCAGAAUCAACCCCACAUGAAACCUCCUCGCCUUUAGCGCAGCGUAGCUUAACACCACCUGCUGAAGACGGAGUAAACGUGUGUCCACAGUUAAAAAAUAAACCUUAAGUCAGCUCUUGAUGUGCUGCCAGACAAAACAUUAAACCUUUUCUACAGUUUCCGUUCAUCACACCGAGCCGAGUUAAUCAGCUGUGAGCCGCGGUUUAACAUUUAACCGAAUGAUCUUGGUUUAGUCGCAGAAAAUAAGUCUUUCUCUGUCAAUAUGAGAGCAACUUCGGCUGAGGGACAGGUUCAGGUGUGUGAAUCUCUGCAUAAAUUAGAGACGAGCAAAUGAUUGAAAAUCCUGGAAACUUGUUGGUUUUUAAUGUUUGAUGGCAGAUUUCCUAUCAUGGAUGUACUUUUACGUCCAGUAACUCAUGAUGACUGUAAUUUCCAGUUAUUUUAUAUUUUGAUGACAGGGGUGUGACAUUGAUCGGUAAGAAUCUCAGACCAGAUCUGUACCCUAACCUGGUCAAAAUGAAAUCUUGCAUUGUCAAGAGUCCAGGAGCUCUUUUAAGCCUCAAGAAAAGGCGCAAAUCCUCCUGAGUCCUCCUGGCUUUAGUCCCCCCUAUUACUCCUAAUCCUCCCCUCUGGCAGCUGUCCACAUCUACCUCAGACCGCUCCGUGCUGUGGUCACUUCCUCUCUGCUCGGACCGUCCUGCGCGCAUGUGUGUGUGUGUCCGUGUGUGUGUGUAAUCCUGUGAACACAUUCAGGUCAGGUGGGUGGAAAUCUCACUGAACUUGGUCGCUGUUUGAUGGAUCAGGUUGGAAGGAAGCGGGUCAAAGUCUAAGCUAAAGGGUUCAAACACGUCUCGAUAUCUCCCUGAAGCUGCGAUUGAUUCAUAAGCAGCUCUCUAAUCUGCUCUGUAUGGCUGAUAAGUCCUUGAUGAGUCCGCGUUCUCGGCCUGUCUGCUGUUUCUUCCUGUCUUACAUCACCUGCUUUUGUGCGGUUUCUGUUCUGAGCCGAGUCCAAGUUCCUCUUCGCUACAGAUCGAGACUUCCUGUAUCAGCCUCCGCCAUCAGAGUGUGAAUGAGUGAAUAUGACGUACAAAGUAAAAGCACGUUGAGUGGACAGACUGAUACAUAUAUAUAAACACAGUCCAUUUACUGUUUAUCAUCUUCUGCAGGGACAGCUACGACCCUGACGAAACUCUGGACGACUUUGAAUCCUCAGCGGCGGCGUGGCGCGAGGAGGAGCAAGCGUCUCUACGACAGUCCCUCCACACCCUGCAGACCCAGUACGCCACUGAGCGCGCUCGAAGGGAGGAGUCGGAGCGGGAGGCCCAGUUGCUCGCCAAUGAAAACGCAACGCUGGAGCAGCAGGUGGCGAAGAUGGAAGGAUGUCAGGUAUGUCUGAUAGUUAUACUUUUAAUCGCUGCCAAUUUAGAGGGAUAUUCUGGCAUAAUAUUAAUUUAGGGUCAAACACACCGUAACACAGAGUUAGACAACCCCUUAAGAGAUGAAUGUUGCCGACCGCUUGCUUCUCUAGUUAUACCAACUUUAGUAACAACCGCACGAUAGCAAUACACGGCGGUCUGAGGAGCCAUCAACAAACCUCAACCAAAACGCCACAAAUAACGCUCAGAACAGCACCUAACUUCAUCAACAGGACAUGCGGGGUGACGCAGCUCAAGGAAGAACAUUUAUGAUCAUUUCUUUAUCAUUUCCUUGAAGUAAUAAUCACCAUAUUAAUCAUUUUGCACUGCAGACGUGGUAGUUCUUCUGCCUUAGCGUCUCGGUCUGAUUGCAUUUCCAUGAAGAAAUGAUCAUAAAUGUUCUUCCUUGGGCUGUGACACCCCGCUGCAGUCGGCAACAUUCAUCUCUCGAGGAGGUGUCUAACUCUGUGUUACAGUGUGUUUGACCCUAAAUUAAUUUUACGCCGGAAUAUCCCUUUAAAAGCAUUUUGCUCCUCAUUCAUUGUCCCUGGAGGAUGAAUCCAAACGUCUUUGAUCAAAAAGAAUCAUGUGGCAGAUAUAUAUAUAUAUAUAUAUAUUGUUUUGAAAAGCUUCUCUGACGUCUUCUUGACCUUCAUCUCACCUCCAAACCCGUUUCUCUUCACUGUAGGUCAGAGUUUCUGAGUUGGAGCGAGAGGCCGAGGAGCUUCGUCAGCUCUGGAAAUCAGAAUCCUCCAAAAAAUCCACCCGGCUGGACCUCCUCCAUGGCCUCCUGUCCAACUCGGUGUUCCUCAACCCGGAGGAGGAGAACGAGGGGGAGUCCGCUGCAGCCAGAAGCCCACGAGUCCAGAAGUGCUGGGACAGCGAGCGGCUCCUCAAAGCCGCUCCGAUGCCUGAUUCUCCCGACAGGAUCUAUGACCACGAGUGCUCUUGCGUGCGCCGAGCCGGGGUGGUGAAGUAUCGCGGGAUCUCGCUGCUCAACGAGGUGGACGCCCAGUACAGUGCCUUGCAGGUGAAGUACGACGAGCUGCUGCGGCGGUGUCACCUGGGGCUGCAGGAGGAGGAGGCGGACGACGAGCAGAUCCACAAAUCAGCCCAGACCGCUUCCCUCUCCGCUUCCGGUGCCUGUUCUGCUCUGGCUGACAUGGACGACUUCGAGGACGACUUCCACCAGCCGGAGUACAAGGAACUUUUUCGGGAAAUUUUCUCUCGCAUUCAGAAAACCAAAGAGGACCUGAUUGAAAACAGAGAGAGACUCGCAGCAGAGGAGGGGCUGCCGAGUCUGCACUAGAGAAAGAAAACGAGACGACUCAAACCUGCAGCAUUAACGUUCGUCUUCCGGUUCAAAGCGACUGUUAGUGAAGACUCUUCCAGCAGCACAUAAGGCCUAAAUCCACACUGUAGAGCUCCGAGUUAACCCAGAGAGUGAUGGAGGGACGGGGUCCAGAGUGAUACCAGAAUACGAAGACCAGCACCAGCAGCUUCAAUCGAAGAUUUGACUCAUUUUGCACAGAAACAACCGUGCCUAACGCUGCUGAACAAUCACUCUACCUCCGUCUGACAAGAUCCCGAGGAAAUCAUUUCUGGGACCUCUUCACAUUAAGCUGUUUAAGGAACACUUUAUUCUGUGGAUUCAGAAGUUUCCAGGAGUGAGGGGUGCUAAAAUCUCUUAAAUUAGACUUUUUAUAAAUAUACUUCCUUGUAAAUAUUCCUAAUCUACUCAACUCUCACCAGGGAGCUUAAAGAAAUAAGAUGAAUCCAUGAAAUGAAGUAUUCUUACUGUACCUGCUGUUAGUUUUGACCUCUGAUGACCCAAUGUGAACUUUUAUAAUUAUUUCUUUCUUUUCAACCUGAAAUGUAGUAAAAGCUCCUCUCUUGGCGUCAGCUGUUCCUGCGCCUUUGAGAGCAACUUAUGCAAAAUUUCCGACGUAAUAUUGGUGAUGGAGUUCAUACGAUUUAGAGGUGAUUUAAAGGUGCUAAAGUGUAUGAUUUUUCUAAAUGUGCGUAUUACUCGACACUGUGUGAUAGGUUAGAAAACAGUGAGUGAAUGUGAUAUUUAAAGAACUCGUUCAUGUGACUCCUCGUAUAUCCGCCUCAUGGAGAAACGUACGAUAGAAGCUUCCGCCUGAUGUUUGUGUGGUAAGCUUUAAACUGUGAACAUAGUUUGUCUUAAAAAUCACAUUGAGAAGCACUUUAGGGUUGCAUAUGCGUUAUUUAAUGCUCUCUGACACUUUACAUCGCACAUGUAGUGGUUCAAAUGUGUGAUGAUGUUCAAUGAAGAAUCAGCUGAUUGUAUGAAUGUACGCUCUGAGUGUUUUUAACUCUGUCAUGACACGGCCUUUUGGUUUGUUGUUCUGAGCCAUAAAAUGAGAAGCAAGCACUGA